GUUACAAAAAUGACGUGUGAACAUGACGUGUAACUAACCUAUAAAAUUAUUACUUUCAUCGUCAAAUUAAACAGAAAUAUUGGUUUAAAAAAUGGUUUUAAUGACGAUGAUAGCUCGUGUAGCUGAUGGGCUACCAUUGGCGGCUACAAUGCAAGAAGACGAGCAGGCUGGUCGAGGUAUAUUAGAUUAUCAAAACCAAGCAAAAAUGUUGUUUAGGAAGUUGGGACCACAAUCACCAGCUAGAUGUACCAUAGAAACGGGACCCUAUCUUUUUCAUUAUUUAAUAGAACAUGAUAUUUGUUAUUUAGUUUUGUGUGAAAAAAACUAUUCAAAACGUUUGGCCUAUUCUUAUUUAGAUGAUAUAGCUCAAGAAUUUCAUACUCAAUAUGGAAAAAGAGUUAAUACGGUUACAAGGCCUUACACAUUUAUUGAAUUCGAUAAUUAUAUACAAAAAGCAAAGAAAAUUUUUACUGAUUCGCGAUCAAGAAGGAAUUUAAAUACUAUUAAUAAUCAAUUACAAGAUGUUCAAAGGAUUAUGGUACAGAAUAUUGAUGAUGUUUUACAACGUGGAACAGUUUUAUCAGAGUUGGAUGCAAAAACCCAAAAUAUAGCGAUGUUAACGCAAAAGUACAAAAAAGAUGCUACAUAUUUAAAUAUGAAAUCGAUGUAUGUUAAAGCAGCAGCUGGUUGUAUUGUGGUUGUAGUGUUUAUUCUUUAUUUUUGGAUUUUGUAAAUUAAAGGGACUAAAUUACAACAUCCUGAACAAAUUCCAAUGAUUCUGUUAUGUAUUUUAAGCAACAAAUUAAAAAGAAACCCUAUUUUUUUGCCAAUGUGUGAUAUAUUUCUUUUUAAAGGAGACAAUUUGAGGUUAGGAAUGCUUAAUCCCAAAAAUUCUUAGGUAAAACUGGUUAAUGAAUACACAAUAAAUUAAUCUUUAUUAAAACUUUAA